CAUGGGAUGCCCCCAGAGCUGUGACUGUUCGCAUAACAAUGUCGCCUUGUGCACCGGCGACAUGGUCACGGACAUACCAAAGGAGCUGCCCCCAGACACAUACAUGCUGAACCUCAAGAACACAAACAUGAAUGUCAUAAACGAGCAGAGCCUGGUAAACCUUAACCCAGUUCUGCGCUUCAGUCUGACUCACAGCCCCCUACACACCAUCCAUCCACUGGCGUUCCACGUCGCUCCGCAGCUCACGUCCGUCAAGCUGUCGUCCAACAAUCUCACCACGCUUCCUGCUCUAGUGUUCAGUCCGCUGACAAGACUGGAGCAGCUGUUUUUAGAUGGAAACCAGCUGGAGACCAUUUCUCCAGAAAUAUUAAACAGACAUGUUACGUUGCAGAUUCUGGACCUGAGCCGCAACAAACUGAGGAAUCUUGCUCCGGAUUCUUUCAAUGGACUGACCAACCUCAUCUAUCUGAAUCUUGGCAGGAACUCCAUAAAGAGGCUUUCUCCCACCAUCUUUCACUCCUUGAGCAACCUUAGCCGCCUCUUCAUGUACAACAAUGAGCUCGAGGAGCUGGAGCCCGAGAUGUUUGAUGCACUCGUCAACCUCCAGGAGCUAACGAUCCACCACAACCAGAUCGCCAGGCUUCCGCGGCUUCUGUUCCACUCACUGAGGAACCUAAGGACUCUCACUUUGUCCUCCAACCAACUUCAGGGUGUCCCAGAAAAAGCCUUUUAUAACAUGCCCAAGCUGAGGAAGUUGACCCUCUACGAAAACCCACUGCUUUCCCUACCACACCAGCUGAUGGGUCACAUGCCUGAGAUGAAAGAAUUUUAUCUGUACAACACCAAUCUCAUUACUGUUCCUGGGAAUCUAUUCAGCAACAUGUCCAGGCUGUUGAAGCUUCACCUCCUUUUAAAUGACAAACUCAGAGUGUUGCCCGCAGACCUUUUCUGCUGUCUCCCCCACCUGCAGAAGCUCUCACUGAAAUACAACGACCUCCACUAUCUACAUCCUCAGCUGUUCUCUGAACUCACCUCACUGAGAGUGUUGGUUCUGACAGACAACAAGCUGCAGGACCUAACCCAAAACACUUUUCAGGGCCUCAAAAAUCUUCAGACCAUCGAUUUGAAGAAUAACUACCUCAAGACUCUGCCGGGAGAUAUUUUCUUGUCAAAUGCAGCGUUGGGCAAUCUGACUCUGAGUGGCAACCCCUGGGAGUGCACGUGCAGCAUCAGAGGUAUUGCAAGAUGGAUAAGAAGGAAUGUGCAUGUGGUCAUUGACAAAGACAAGGUGAUAUGUCAAAGUCCAGAGUACAAACUGCUCCGUAAAGUAGACUCUCUGCGUGAUCAGGAGUUCACAUAUUGCGAUGCUACCAGUUUUUUCCCUACACAGAAAAGCGUGCCUGAACCGACACAACCAUUCCACGCCAUCUCAACCAGUGAUUCAGCCUCAACAACCACACCACCCGUAACACCCUGGAGCACCAGUGAAGUCAUCAUCCCAUCAUCCACCGAACCUGCAAAAUCAACCACCUCCGAUGCUGCGACAUCAUCCCUCCACCCUGCAACCACCGCCCUACCUAAAGAAGAGCUCCCUCUCAGUAUCGAGAGUCACGUGACCUACCAGCCGUCACAUGCUUUCUAUGAACGGCUGGUGAUCGUGCAGGGCCCGGAGUAUGUUCACCACAAUUACCACAGGGGCAGGGUGUUGGUGUGGUUUGUGCCCUCAGACACAGCCUGGGCUGGGUUCCUCAUGUUCACUCACAUCCUUCUCGUGACCACAGGCCUGUUCCUCACUCUUGCUACCAUGUAUGGCUUGUAUCGCCUCAACAAGACCAUGGAUAAGCUGAAGCCUGGGUGUGCACUUGGAUGCAAAUGUCAAGCAAACAAAAUACUCUGCAGUGGCCUCUCAGACUUCCCCACACCUCUGCCCUCAUCUACCACCACCCUCUACAUCUCCAACUCCAGUAUCUACUCUCUGAAACCAGAGGACCUGACUGUUUUCUCUAACGCCCUCAGCAUCUUUGUGAUUAAAGACACUGUUCUGAAGGAGGUGCACCCUGACACACUUGAUGCCACUCUGAAUAUAGGUGCCUUAGGGUUUACUGGCACAGACCUGCAAGAUCUCCCAGAGGCCUUGUUCCAAAAUCUUCAGAGUCUUGAGUCUCUGGCUCUAAAGAGCAACAAACUCCUGAUCUCACUGUAUGAAAACCAGCUAGAGAGUCUGGGUCCAGGGGUGUUUGGGCCCAUGCCCUUGCAGGAGCUGUGGCUAUAUGACAACAAGCUCAGCCGUGUGGAGGAUGACACCUUCAGAAAUCUGACUAAGUUGCAUCUGUUGGUGCUUAGUCGCAACCAGAUCAGCUACGUUUCUACCGGGACCUUCAGAGGGUUGGAGAAGGUGGGAGAGAUAUCACUUCACACCAAUCUGCUCACAACCCUGCAAGCUGGGACUUUCCAGGGUCUUCCCAGCCUGGUCAACAUUUCCUUGGAGCACAACUUCAUCAGCUCACUCCCUGUAGGUUUUCUGCAGGGUGUCAGCCAUCUAGGACAGAUAGACCUGCAAAACAAUUCCUUCAACAACCUGCCACAGGAAAGUCUUGAUGCACUCACUGUGACAAAUGAAGUACUCUUACAGCAGAAUCCCUGGAGGUGUGACAAAGAUAUUCUGCCUCUAAGGGAUUGGCUGAGACAGCACCCAACCAAGGCCAAUCAAACCCUUGUGGUGUGUGAAAUGCCUUUCGAUUUGAACGGUGAGGUGAUCGCUCUGCUGACAAACGAGAACAUAAUGCCUCUCAGCUCUAGCAAGGAUCCUGUGUUGACCUCAACAGAGAAGAGGAGGAAGCCAAACACCCCUCCAACUAGACGAAGCACUGUCCCACCUGCUGUCAAGACCACACCCACCUCGGAGCCUGAGGAAGUCACCAGCAGUGGACAAGGGGAACAGGGAACGGUUCCUAAUGAUACUGCGAUAAUCCUUAUCAUCAUCGCAGUAGUGUCCACUGUCAUUAUUAGCACAGUGAUCAUCAGCUGCAUGUGCUGGAGGAAGAACAAGAGAGGCAGGGGAAAUAUAGGCCGCAGAAAUAAGAACUCUGUGCUAAUGUCAAGAGGAGAAAUCAUCAUUCUUUUUCUGUCUAUAAUGUUUGAGACUUUGUUGCCUCAAUGCGAAAAGGAGAUGGACUGCUCCAAAGAGAACGAGCAAGUCUUUGGUACAUCUACGACAGAAAUUCCUCAAAUGCUGAGAGCAGGCGUGACAGAGGUUUUCUUUGUGAGUAGCCAGGUGAAAACAAUCCCCAAAGCAGCCUUUGCUCAAAACCUGCACCUUGAAAAGGUGGAGUUCAUGAAGACUCCAACAUCAGCUAUUGAGCCAGGAGCUUUUGAAGGUUUGGGGUCCCUCAAGCAUGUUGAGAUCUCCAACACUCCAUUAAUGUUAAUCCCAGUGGGAGUAUUCAAAGACCUCAGCAACCUGGAGAAUAUCAUACUGAAGUUUAACAGGCUCCAGCGUUUGGAGAGAGGCUUGUUUGAUGGCCUUAAGAAAUUAAAGGCAAUCGAGGUACAUGGGAACGAGAUCCUAUCGAUUGAAAAUGGGACAUUUGAAGGUCUUGAUAACCUCUUGUCUCUCCAUUUAGCUAAAAACAACAUUUCUGCUGUAUCUACCAAUUUGUUCUCAGACCUUAACAAACUGCAGAUACUACGACUUUAUGAGAAUCAGCUAACCACCGUUCCUGAGGACAUUUUUCAGAGUUUACCAAACUUGAAGGAAAUCUACUUGCAGAGCAACAAAAUCGCAGAAUUAUCACCAAAUCUGUUUCCACAUAAAGACAAGCUUACUAAGAUCAGUUUGGAAAAUAACCUCCUCACCAGUUUACAUCCAGAAUAUUUUGUUGGCUUCCCUCAGCUUAAAACUCUGACCCUGCGGAAGAAUAAACUGACAAGUCUGCCUCCAGUUCUUUUUGGAGAAAAUAAACUGGUUGAGUUAAGUCUGAGUCAAAAUGAUCUCAGCACCCUCCCUCAAGGAAUAUUCAUCCCCCUGAAGAAAGUCAAGAAGCUCGACUUGUCUAAUAAUCAUUUUGUCUCCUUGUCUCCUGAGUACUUUGAAGGCCCUGAGAAGCUCACAGAUCUGAACCUACAGAAUAACAAGAUAAAGUCGCUGGAUGCAGAUGUGUUUGAAAAGCUUCAGUCACUGAUCACACUAAAGCUCGCUCAUAACCACCUGCAGAUGCUCCCUGAGGAUAUUUUUGAGCCUUUACUAAACCUAAAAAAGCUUUACCUCAAUGGAAACCCUUGGAACUGUGACUGUAAUCUGAUUUCUUUUCACCUUUGGAUAAAAGCAAACUCAGACAAACUUGCGUCGCCUGUCGUCUGUGAGUAUCCAGAAGAUUUAAAGGAGCAGGAAAUCAAAGACCUGACAGAAGAUAAAUUGAUUUGCCCCACCCUUCCCCCCGCAACUUCCCUCCUUACCACCACCACAAUGACAACUCCCACAACACCACCAACUACACAACCAAUAACAACCAUACUUACUACAACACCAACCACCGCUGAACAAUCCACAACCACCACACGCACCACAACACUUCCGACCACACUGCCAACAACAAUUAUACCAACCACAACUUUAGCUACAACCCCCUCAACCACACCUACGACUACAACUACUACCACAAUCACUACAUCAAAAAUAGCAACCUCUACAACAAGCACAACACCUCCAACCACUGCUCCAACAACC